CUCUUCAAAACAAAUGCAGUUUAAAUUCGCGACACAUAGAAAAGGCUAUCGUAAGAUUCCUUCUUUCCACCAACAUUUACCCAAGAAUAUAAAGCACUGCGAGUAACUCUCUGAACAGAAGAGGGCAGCAUUACACUGUAUAUGUGUACAGCCUGCCGGAAAGGAAAAGAAGAAGAACAAAUGCAGUUGUCACAAUGGUGGUGGAGGUAGAGCGGUUCUUCGGUGUGUACAUGUUGUACUGCACUAAUCCUAAAUUCAGGGGUCGUAUUUACAUCGGUUUCACGGUGGAUCCGGAGCGGAGGAUCCGGCAACACAAUGCAGGCCGGCACAGAGGCGGAGCGAAGCGGACCAGCGGCAGAGGGCCGUGGGAGAUGAUCCUCAUCAUACAUGGAUUCCCUUCUGAAAUUGCUGCCUUGAGGUUUGAAUGGGCCUGGCAGCAUCCUCACUCGUCCAAGCGGCUCACUCACGUCACCCGGAAAUCCAGGAAGGAGUCCAGCCUGCAGUUCCACUGGCGAAUCGUCUCCACCAUGCUGCAGGUGGCGCCCUGGAGCAGGCUGCCUCUGACGGCCCGCUGGCUCAAGCAGGAGUACAGGCUGGACUUUGCGCCCAGUCUGCAGCCUCCCCUGCACAUCCCCAUCGCUUUGGGCAGCGUGAGGGCCAAGAAGACGGCGGCGGCGGCCCCGCAGCCUGCGAGGGACAGUCAGGAGGACGCCACCUGUUUCCUGUGCAAGGAGCCGGUGAAGGUGUCCCAGAAGUUGAGCUGUUUCCAUGAUUCCUGUGGGCUCAGCAGCCACGUCACCUGUUUGGCUCGCUGGUUUCUGAAGACGGAGCCCUCGCACCUCCUGCCGGUGGAGGGCGUCUGUCCGUCCUGCCAUCGGUCCGUGCUGUGGGGGAGCCUCAUUCGUCACAAAUAUGGCUGCUACGGAGACGUGGCUCAGACGACGGACUCUGGACGGCAGGACCACUGGGUGGACGAGCUGCUGCAGACGUGAGCGCUAACGUCAGACGCUCCUCGGACUGGGAGGAUUUAUUUAUCCAGAAGCACCGGUUUUUAACAUGCUGUCUUUGACUGUGAUUUUUAAACGUGUAAAUAUGUAAAUAUAUGAAUUGUCUCAUGUGUCAGAUUUAUAUAAAAAUCUAAAUUGUCUGUGUGACUAUGAAUUAAAAAUGUUUUUGGGUAAUCCUGAUGCUCUGCUGUUGAUCAGCUUGUUGUGUCAGAAUACACUCCAUAGCCACUGUAUUACGCCUGUAACAACCAAACAACAGAAAUUAUUUCUUUGAAUUCAUUAUUAUAACAUUCCAGAGUGCAUUCAUUCACGAGUUGAGAGAAAGCCACAUUAAGUUGACUUCUAAAGGUCAUAGUGUGUUUUAGGUUCAUCCUGAAACUUUUUGUGAGCAGUUUAUAUCCCUCACUCCAGUGGGAAACAUGAAGACGGGUCGAGGCGUAAGCUUUACAGUGAAGGAAAGAUAGAAAUGAACUACUGAUUGAGAAAUUAUGGAAUGGAGAAAUAGUGUCUUCUUGCAUCUCCAUAUUGUGUGCUAUUAGGAUUUGAAAAAUU